AUGGAGUAUGAGCUGGGAGAGCAGACAGAGCAUCGCCUCAAGGAAAUGGGUGCCCGCUGUGUGGACAAACAGAAAAGAAGAAAAACAGAACAAGAGCUUAAUCACACUCUAUCCCACGACACCAACAAUUUGGAAGUUGGACAUUCUGAAGAAAAGGAAAGCAAAAUACUCAACUCAUCACUUAAAGAACAAUCAGAAACAAGUGUUGCGUUUAAAGAAACAUCAAGCAAUGAGAGUCCUGAGAAGGUCAUGUCCAAAAGCCAAGUUCAGAGAACAUCCUCAGAUACGUCUCUGACAUACACAGAACUAAAUGACCCAUGCUCCAUCAUGCUGCAUCUCUCAAAGUGUCUCCAACUCCCUCUGACACACAGUGAAAUGCAAAGCAUGACCAUGCAGAACUUCUUGAACAUGGCCCAGAUCCAGAUGUAUGACAGCUGGACCAGGACGAGCACAAUAAAGUACUCUCUUCCUGGUGGCUUCUCACUGGUGGUGGAGAGAAACUACAGAAUUCCCACUGAAACUCCUCCUGCAUUUUUGAUGAUGAAUGCUGAUGUGCUGAGCAUAAGCAGUGAGCUGGAAAAGAUGGAUCGACUGUGUAAAGAAUUAGGCCUAAAACCAAAGGCAAGCUCAGAUGAAUGAUUAUAAACCAUUGUUGAAGCCAGGUAGCACACAUGCUCUGACACAACAAACAUCUUCUCCCCAUAAAUCCCUGUCCUGUUUUUACUUAAUUGCAAUUAAUGAA